CCACGUCCCAGCUUUGAAGGCGCUACCCGUGUCCUUCCUCCCAGUGUAGCGGCGGCUCCCCGUGUCUUCUGUGCCCACUCUCUCUUUAAUAGAAGCCCUCUGCUAGAGUCAAGCCAUUUUCACCCAGAGCUCUCGAGCCGCACAAGUGACAACACAACAGCGGACGUCCUACAACGCCCGAGGGGGCGUGGCUUUGGGACCGGAAGAAGGUCCUGUUGCCAAGGGAACGGCGCGCGCCUUGGCGCCUGCUCAGCCACUGAUGCUCCCACCCCGGCCGAAGCCGCCGGUUCCCUCAACUUGUAGGAGAGGCUGUGCUCAGGACAGGGGAGCCUUCCUACGGAGGCACGGGGAGGAGGGCUGAGGCUCCCGGGGAAGAUCCCACCGCGGAAACGGGUGGAAGAGUGCGUCCGUCCAUUCCUGUCCUUGGAUUGGCUUCAAAGAUCAGUUGCUUUGUAAAUAUUUAAAUUACAUUAUGGGAUUGCUGGACAAACUUUCUGGUUUACUUGGCCUAAAAAAGAAGGAGGUUCAUGUGUUAUGCCUUGGACUGGAUAAUAGUGGCAAAACUACAAUCAUUAACAAACUUAAACCGUCAAAUGCUCAGUGUCAGGAUAUUGUUCCAACCAUAGGAUUCACCAUAGAGAAAUUCAAGUCCUCCAGUCUGUCUUUUACAGUGUUUGACAUGUCAGGGCAAGGAAGAUACAGGAAUCUCUGGGAACACUAUUAUAAAGAUGGACAAGCCAUUAUUUUUGUCAUUGAUAGUAGUGAUAAAUUAAGAAUGGUUGUGGCCAAAGAAGAACUUGAUACCCUUCUAAACCACCCAGAUAUUAAGCACCGCCGGAUUCCAAUCUUGUUCUUUGCGAACAAAAUGGAUCUUAGAGAUGCAGUAACGUCUGUGAAAGUGUCUCAGUUGCUGUGCUUGGAGAGCAUCAAAGACAAACCGUGGCACAUUUGCGCGAGUGAUGCCAUCAAAGGAGAAGGACUACAGGAAGGUGUGGACUGGCUUCAAGGUACAUCGCACACCACUGUGCAUCUGUGAUCAGAUCCAAGCUGUGAAGACAUGAAAAGAUAGUCUCUGGAAACUUCAGCAAUUUUCAAUUAAAGGAGUCUAUGUAAGGCAUACUGAAUAAUCUCAAAUUUAUUUUAAAAUAUUUAUGCAACCAAGGAUAUUUUACAAUGUUCUGCUUGCUCUUAUGGACUCUGGAAGAAGUCUUUAAGAAUUUAGGACCUGAACAUUGUUAAUCUAUUAACCAUAUGAAAACUAACAUUACCUCGGAACGCCUUAGUUACCUGCUUCUUGUAAAGGUCUACAUGUUGCUGUAAUUAGAAUGUGUAAAUAAGUUAUAAGCCAUCUCAAUAUCCUAUCAUGAUUUAUGAUAUCUUUAAUGUAUUUUCAUUUUUAAUUGUCUUCUAAAAGUUUAGUUUAUAGUAUGACUUUGAAGCUCAAAUUGUGUUAAGGAGACAGCUUUAAAGCAUUAUAAGGGAUCACAAGUAAUUGGUAUAUGUGUAAUUUUCAUUGUGCCACUAUCAAUAAAAAAAUGAAAUAUACCAACUAAAA